AUGCUUAUUGGAAUGCGGUCAUAUAUGAUAAUUGCCAUUGUUUUGUUGCUAAUGCAACUGAUAAGAUCAAAUCAAAUCAUCUCAAGACAUCAUUUAUCGCUUUUUAUCGAACAACAAUGGUAUAAUAAUAUAUCACUGAUAUAUCGAUUAAAUGAUUGUAAAUAUUCUAAAGUGAAACUGCAAAUUUUUGACCAAAAUUUUAUCAUUGUCAGCAGAACAUAUCGGUGCACUGAAGCUAUCAAAAUGAUAUUUGGCACAAAUGCUAAAGCAAUACAAAACAGAUCAGAUAUAAUUGAAUGGGUUAUGCCAUACAGUUAUAUGAAAAUGACAAGUUGGCGUAACGGUUGUUAUGAUAAUGCAUAUUUUGAUAAUGCUAUCAGAACUGAUAACGGAUCAGUUAGAAUGGAUAUACGCUGUGAUAAGAGACGAUUACGUGUAUGGCCACGUAUUUGGAAACGAUUUGUUCAGGAAAAUACGCAAAUGCAUCAUCCAUUCGCAGUUAAUAUUUAUGAAAGUAAUGAAAGACUUUUUACGAUUACAAUCGGCGCUUUAUUAUAUUUUAUAUUUGGAAUAUGCUUUUUAGUUACUAAUUUAGCAUAUCUAUCUGGAAUAUAUACAGUUCAUAAUGCUACUAUCAUUCCAGAAGUAAGUUAA